AUGGGCUACCGCCACCUUCUCCUCGUCUCGCCGCCGGCGCAGCCACCGCCACCGCCACCGCCGCCGCGCCUCUCCCUUCUCUCCCGCCCGGUGCGUGGGGUAGUCAGCGCCGCCGCCUCGCUCGAUGCCGCCCGCCCCCCGUCGGUGGUGGCGGCGUCGGCGGCCACGCGGAGGAGGGCCGUGCUCCUCGUCGGCGUCUCCGUGCUCCCGCUCCUCCGUCUCCGCGACGCGGCGGCGGCCGCGCGCGCGGGCGCGCAGCCCUCCACGGCUGAUCUCGUCACUGAUAAAAGGGACUUUCAGAAGACUGAGGGAAUGCAUCCUGAAGAACCUUGGGCUGAACCACCCCAGCUUGAGGUGAAAGGAUCAUCUCCAGGGAAUCCAUUUGCAGAUCUUCUGAAUGCGAUUGCAGUUAUUGCUUCUGGUGUUCUGGCUGGACUUCUUGGUACUUCUCAACGGGAAAAGAAAGCAUUGCAAUCAACCAUCUCAGCUAUGGAGAUCAAAUUGUCUGAAAAUGAGGCAGCUAUGUCUUUGCUUAGGGAGAACUACGAGAAAAAGCUAUUGGACGAACAGGCAGCACAGAAGAAACAAGCUAGGAUGCUCCUGGAUAAGGAAGCUUCCCUUCUUGGUCAAUUGGCUUCAACUAAGAGGACUGUAACAUCCUUAAAUGACGAAGUUAGAAAGGAGAGGGGGCUAGUUGAGCAGCUUAGACAUGAGAUACAUGAACUUGAGAGUAUCAUUGCACAAGCAGAGGAAGACAAACAUGCAUUUGAAGGAAAAAUGAGGGAAAAGUUGGAAACACUUGAUAUUUUCCAUGACAAGGUAAAUCUGCUUAGCCAAGAGGUAAAUGACAAGGAGGGAUACAUCAGGGAACUUGGUUCAUCACUUUCCUCCAAGGAAAAUGACUACCAGAGCCUGCAGUUGACCUACAAUCAGACUAAAGAGAGCCUAGAACAUGCAAAUUCUAGAUUAGAGCAACUGGAAAAGUAUCUUCUUGCAGCUAAAGAUGAUCUAAAAUCAAAGACAUCCUUCAUUGAUUCACUGAAUGAGGAUGUCCAAACAUUAUACACUUCAAAGGCCCAUGCUGAAGAAACAAUAAACCAGUUGUUAAAGCAGUACACAGACUUGGAAGCUGCUUCUCAGAUGAGGGCAUCUCGUGAUUCUGAACUAUUGUUCGAUAAAGAUGGUCAGCUGAAUCAGCUCGAAGAACAACUUUCUACUGCAUUAACUGAGCAUAGUAAACAGAGAACUACAAUUGCUGAGUUGAAUAAUGCAUUGGAAGCUAAUAGAACAAUGCUAGUUAAUGAAGUUGAGGUCCGGAAAAGUUUAUCAGAUCUUAUUCAGUCCACUGAAGAGGCGCUUCAAGAAUCCAGAAAUGAGGUGUUGAAACUCUCUGAAGAGCUUAAUGAACUAACUAUAUCAAAUCAUGACUUGACAGCUCAGGUUUUAAAAUACACAAAUGAGUCUAAUGAAUUGAAACAGGCUCUGACUAGCAAAGUAGAAGACGCGGAAUCAGUUUCUAAAGCUCUUUCUAGUGAACUGGCCUCGGUCAGGGAGACACUUCAAAAGACACAAGAAGAUCUCGAAGUCACCUCUAAUCAAUUUGUGUCUGUUACAGAAGUGCAUGAUGAACUUAAUAAAGAAUUGCUGGAUGCAUAUAAGAAGUUAGAGUCCAUAGCAAAUGAGCUUGUUAGUGAACGCAUAAAUAAUGGUACUUUAAAUAGGGAGCUUGAGGCAUUGGUGAAACAAUCUUUGGUGGAUUCUGAAGCAAGAAGAGCUCUUCAAUCAGACUUGGAUGAGGCAACCAUUUCACUAAAUGAGGUGAAUGAGAGUACAUUGUUUCUGUCUAACAAGCUUGACAGCACCAAUUCUAGGAUUUUUGCUAUUAAAGAAGAGAAAGAGGUGCUUUUAGCGGCUCUUGCGGAGCAAAAGAAAAGUACAGUCGAAGCUCAGAAAAAUAUGGCGGAAGCUCAGCAUCUUAUUAAAAGGCUUGGGUUGGAGAGAGAGAAUUUUGAAAUCAGGUCUAACAAGCUUGAAGAAGAAUUGGCCACAGCAAAAGGUGAUUUGUUGUGUCUGAGGAGGCAGAUUACUGUAAAUGGGUCACCAAAUACAAAUGUUCUGGGAACAAGCCCAACACCAAAUUUCAGCCAACCUCUGAAAGGUCAUUCUCCAAAUACCAGUAAUGCUGAUUCUGGAGCUCAUCGUUCUGCUAACAAGAUUUAUAGAAGAAGAAAAGACAGACCAGCAACAUGAGCAUUAUCUAGAAUCAACAAUCUUUCAUUUGCUCUCACUUUAUUAGAACGUUGUUUAGAGCUUCCAAGCUUUGAAAGCUAGCACAUUAGACUACUGUACGGUGAUACUCUCUAGUGUUUCCAACUCUUUUUAUUGUAGCUCUCAAAAACCCUUAGGUAAUUCCAUAUGGUAGAUUUCAAGGGAACGAGAAUGUACUGUGUACAAAUGUGUUGUUGUCUGAAUGCUUAAUGGAUUAUAAUAUGA